GAACAGCCGAGCUUGCUAACUAGCCAGCUUAGCCUUCAGGCUGCGGACUGUUGUGGACGGGAGCUGCGAUGGAUGGAUGCUUUGCCCCUCUUCGCUCUACAUAUUUGUCUUUAGUUUAAACAGAAUGCGUCUUCUCCGAUUAAACCCAACCCUCGCCGUGCUCCGCUUCGUUGCGGAGGGCUGCUGAAGCCGCUGAUACAUGACCGGGAGGGAGCAACGGUUUUCCGUUAACGUUACAGUUUGAAGAUUAACGCUAGUCGAGGCUACAAACGGCUGCAGCCCCUCCUUUGCUGUCUGCCAUCGCCUUCUUGUGUCUCCUGCCCCAGGAAUGUUCUCCAAAAAACCUCAUGGGGACGUUAAAAAAUCAACACAGAAAGUGUUGGACCCUAAAAAGGACGUGUUGACGAGGCUGAAACAUCUAAGGAUAGUCAUAGAAAACGCAGAGCCUUCAGAGCUGAAACAGUUCUUUGACCUGAACUACUCCCAUAUCUACUAUGUCUUCUUUGAGAAUUUUGUCACCAUUGAGGUCAACCUCAAGCAAAAGGGUCACAAGUCUCAGAGGGAGGAGCUGGACUCCAUCCUCUUCAUCUUUGAGAAAAUCCUCCAGCUCCUGCCAGAGAGGAUCCAGAGCCGGUGGCAGUUCCACAGCAUCGGGUUGAUACUCAAGAAGCUGUUGCACACUGGGAACUCUCUGAAGAUCCGUCGCGAGGGUGUGCGCUUGUUCUUGCUGUGGAUGCAGGCGUUACAGAGCAACGCAGAGCGCGAGCAGCUCUGCAUGUUUGCCUGUUUGAUUCCUGGCUUCCCAGCUCCGCUCUGCCAUGGGACCCCACGCACCCUGGACACGCUGAUCAACCCACCGCUGAGUUUAGCAGAGACUCAGGUUACCCCAGAAGAGAUUACUCCAUUGGUUCCUCCCCAGUCAGGUGACAAGAACCAGGAAGACCUCACUGCUUACUUUUUAGAAGCUCUACUCAAAUACAUGGUAAACCAGGCCAAGUCCCUUGAGUGGCGUUGUAAAGAGAACCAUGAGCGUGGCUUCAGCUUCCUCUUUGGUCACUUCAGGAAGUUUUACCUUCCUCACAUCUUUCCCAACUUCGCCAUGGAAACCAGCCUCUACAACCCAAUUCUGGACGUGCCUCCGAUGCGGCCUAAGCCCUACUACAGCGUGGUGCGCAGGGAGCAAGACGGCGGCGAGACGGUGUACUGCACCAAGGAGAGCUUCCUUCAGGCACGAGUCAUCUUCAUCCGUUGGCUGGUUUCCUUCUGGCUCGAGCCACGACCCAAUACACAGACACAUAUCCCAGGAACAGAGGGAGAGAACGUCCCCAAGAACAUACAGCGAGCAGCAGCCGGCCUGGCAGCUCGCUCUGCAGGCAGCUCAGACGACAGCGGCGGAGGUGGGAUUCGGUGCGACAGUCACCUGGAAGGUAGCGGGAGUUUAUCCGGACCAGGCGGAGGCAGCAUGGGGUUAUGUGGGGGUCCAGGGGCUGGGAAUGAACCUGAACAGAGCCACUCCAACACAUCCACGUUGACAGAGAGGGAGCCCAGCUCCUCCUCACUCUGCUCCAUGGAUGAAGAGCAGCUGACAGACAUGGAGGUGGUGAGGAGAGUUCUGACCAGCUCCAGAACCAACGUCAACUUCAUCACUGAGAUCUUUAGACAGGCUUUUCUCCUUCCCAUGUGCGAAGCUGCAGCGAUGCGUAAAGUAGUCCGUGUUUACCAGGAGUGGAUCUCCAUGGAGGACAGGCCAGUAUUUAUGAAGGAGCCAGAGGAGGGCCCCUAUCCCGUAGCCACAGGAGGCAGUCUGGAUUCAGGCUCCCAGCUUGGAGACAAGGAGGUUGAGGGAAUGAACAAGGUAAUUGACAGUGAAUUGCUGGAGUACAGCGUUCAUGCUGGAGUUCAGACUACGCUACAGGUAUUUAUCACCCACUCGGCCAACGUUUUUCUUUUGGAGCCAGCCAACGACAUCAAGAUCCUUUUGGAGGAGCAUGUUGACAUGUGCAAGCGAGUCCUGAACAUCUACCGCAGCCUUGUCAUGCAUGAGACCAUGGACCAGAAAACAUGGGAGCAAAUUUUGCUGGUGCUGCUGAGGGUGACGGAGUCAGUGAUGAAAAGACCUCCAUCCAUCAUGCCACAGGGCAAGAAGAACAACACACUGUCAGGCAGAUUGGCCGGACCUAUUUUUCAGACGCUGAUAGUAGCGUGGAUUAAGGGCAAUUUAAACGUCUACAUCAGCAGAGAGCUGUGGGACGACCUGCUCUCCGUCCUCUCCUCUCUUACCUGCUGGGAUGAGCUGGUCACAGAGUGGUCGCUCACCAUGGAAACCCUCACCAAGGUGUUGGCCAGGAACCUGUACAGUGUUGAUCUGAAUGAGCUGCCUCUGGACAAACUCAGCGAACAAAAACAGAAGAAACACAAAGGAAAAGGUAUAGGAUCGGAGGGCCAGCGACCGAUUGUGGAUCGUUCCUUUUCUAAGGGCUGGAGCAGAGACCAACCAGGUCAGGCAGCAGCCAUGAGGCAGAGAAGCGCCACCACCGCUGGCUCACCAGGCAUCGAAAAGGCCAGGAGUAUUGUCCGCCAGAAGACUGUAGCCCUGCGUAGCUGUUCUACGGGGGACUCUCUGCUGUCCUCAGCCUUUAUCCGCAGUGCUAAGAGUGCUCCUGCUCUGGCUCCGCCUCUUCCUGUCCUCCUCCACCACCACCACCCUUUACUACCCCCCCUUGCCGACCAGCUGGCAGACCUCGAAGACCCGCCAAUCACGCUGACGUCCCGCACCUCUCGGAUGCGCCACUCCUCCCAGAGCGACGAGGCCCCUCCUACUUCCUGUUCUGAGGUCUUCCAGGGAGGGGCUUGUGACCUGGACGGCCCAGCCCCUUCCUCCCUAGCAAGGAGCAGCAGCGCCUCUGACAUCAUGGAACCUUUCAUCGCCGAGCGGGUCAAAGGUGAAGACCCCCAGAGGGAUCCCGCUUCAGUCUCAAAUGCCCCCCACCACCACCACUCCACAACUUCUUCCUUACUCGCAGCCAACAGCCACGCAGCUCAGCCACUCCCACACCCCCCCACCUCCUCCUCUCCCACCCCUCUCACCUUUUCUAACGGUGUUGUUGUCUCGUCCUCAGAGGGACAAGAUGAUGGUAGUGUUUAUGACCACUUCUGGCACCAGAUGGGCUCUCGGAGCCAAGGUUCUAGUUCUGAUUGGGUAAGCGACUGGGAUUCUGCCUUCGCCUGUUCAUCUGAAAAGGAAAUUGAUGUAGAAGAGGGUGAAAUGGGUGCUGGGGCAGAGGAGGAUGAUUUAUUCUCCUCUAUUAGGGACUACCUCACUCACAAAGGAGGUGAGAGGAAGGAGGAGGCAGGAGAGAAAGAUAGUCCUGCUCAUGUACUAGAGAACAAUGUUGUAACGUUACCCGUACCUGUGCAAACAGAGGCAGAUAAAACCCAAAUGGAACACACAGGACAGGUAGAAGAGGCAAGACAGGCGGUGAGAGAGGACAGACAGACUUGUAAAGAGGACAGACAGGUAAGUAAAUCCGUGAGACAUAGCAGUGUGGAUUCAACAGAGGAGAAUGAAGGAGAGCAGCGGAGCAUCUACGAGUGCCUGGAGCUGCAGUGCCAGUGGCCGUCGCCUAAUGCUAGGGGGAAUGCUAGCUUAGAGAGACACGCUGGGGAGAAAAAGGGAGGAGGAAACACAGGGAGGGCAGCAGGAUGGGAAGCGAAAUGUGACGCGUGGAGAGAAAUAGGAGAGGAGAAACAGGAUGACAAAGAAGAAGCAACAGCAAAAGAGAGGUCCAGUAUCAUUAGACAAGACACUUAUGCAGCAGAAUCGAGCGCUGAGUCAAAUCAAACUUCCCAAACGUCUGAAACAACUAAGCCCAAGAUGUCCCGUAGUAGCAACAAGAGGCACCAUUCUGGAGGUGUUCAUGUCAGCUUUAGGCCCUCGACUGAGUCGGUCCAGUUCCACAACCCCCUUGAGAGUAAAGAGGCCCACUGGAAAGCCAGGCUGCGUCGACUCAGUCACUUCCACACACACAGCCACUCAGCUGGGGAGAGGCCAGGGGCCGGAGCUGGGGCGGGGUCUGGUGCAAAACUGGGAGCAGGGGGUGCAGGUAAGUUUGGCUCUGUAGCGGGGAUUAGCCAUAGAGCAGGGGCACAUGAGAAAUUGGCCACUGGGACUGUUACAGAUAGCAGUGGGGCAGGGAACAGUGCAUUUGCUGGAGGCCUGGAAAGCAGGGCUGGGACUGGAGGGGACAAGGACAGGCAACAUCCGGGAUCCUGUGUGGGAUCCAACCUGGGCUCUGAGGCUCACUCAGAGGCGUCAUCAAGCAGUUCAGGUUUCUCUAGUGUGUCGUCAGGAGUGCGUGGCCGCUUGGGACGUUCCGCCUUGCGAUCUCGAGCCUCCCGCUCACGCUCCCAGGAGCCCGGCAGCACUGCCUCACGGCACCACCAGGGGGCUCUCCUUGGUGGAGUCUAUAAGACUGUGGUUCACGCUCUGUCCUCAAAGCCCCGGCCCCGAGGUCAGGGGUCAUCCCAGGGUUCGUCGCCACAGCGGCAGGGCCGGGCCGCCAUGGGUGACGCAUCGCUAAGAGACCUCUACUCCCACGUCCUGGGCUACUUUGGACGAAAGACGACCACGCCAGUCAACAAAGAGGAGGUGGUUCAGAAGGCUCGUCCAGUCUCCAGUGACGUCGGAAGCACCAACCCAAACUUCUCUGACCUCAUGGAUGAGUUUAUCCAGGAGAGACUGAGGGCCAAAGGAACAGCGGGCCGUCGUGGCAGCAGCCCGGGAAGUCUGGAGGUUCCCAGAGACCUGCCGGAGCUCCUAGAGGCAGGUCAGAGUCCUGGAUCCCGACCAUCAGACGAUCAUCGUCCCAUUGAUGAUCCAGGGGUUCCCUCUGAAUGGACGUCUCCUGCAAGUGCCAGCGGUUCUGAUGUCAUCAGCUCUGACAGCCAGUCAGACUCCUUUAAUGCCUUUCAGUACUCCACCUGCAAGUUUGAUAAUUUCACUUUCAGUUCAGAAGCGGGUGGAGGAGGAGGAGCUGGAUCUGGAUCUGGAUCUGGAGGUGGAGGUCGAGGCAGCUCACUGGACCAGGACAGCCUUGGAGGAGGCGUAGCCUGCGAAGAACAUGAAGUAGCCAGUUUGACAACGCUUCACCUCGACUCAGAGACCAGCAGCCUGAGCCACACUGUCACUGUUACUGGCUCUGAGAGUGCAUCUCCCAUGCAUUCCCUUGGGGGUUCUCGCUCCCAGACGCCAUCCCCUGCCACACUGACAGCAGAGCACACUGAUCACACACACUCCCACUCACACACACACCUACAGCUGGACCAGAAGCUCCACAACUCUGUCCUGCAGACUCCAGAUGACCUGGAAACCAGCGAGUUCCCCAGCGAGAACUGCAGCGUGAUGGCAGGCGGCUCUCUAACUGGAUGGCACGCAGAUGUUGCCACGGUAAUGUGGCGCAGGAUGCUGGGUAUCCUGGGAGAUGUCAAUACCAUCAAAGACCCAGAGAUCCAUGCUCAGGUCUUUGACUACCUGUGUGAACUGUGGCAGAACCUGGCCAAGAUAAGAGAUAAUUUGGGCAUUUCUCUGGACAACCAGUCUUCUCCUCCCCCCCCUGUUCUGAUCCCACCCCUGAGAAUCCUCACCCCCUGGCUCUUUAAGGCCACCAUGCUGACCGAGCGUUACAAACAGGGUAAGCUUCAUGCCUACAAGCUGAUCUGCAGGAUCAUGAAGAGACGGCAAGAUGUUUCCCCAAACACAGACUUUCUCACACACUUCUACAACAUCAUGCACCAGGGACUGCUGCACCAAGACCAGGACAUUGUGAACACCAUCAUAAAGCACUGCAGUCCCAGGUUCUUCAGUAUCGGCCUACCUGGAGCCACCAUGCUGAUCCUGGACUUCAUCAUUGCAGCUUCUAGAGUCACCGCCUGCUCAUCACUCAAUGCUCCGAGAGUAGAGGCUCAGAUCCUGCUCGGGUCUCUGGUGUGUUUUCCCAACUUGUAUGGGGAGCUUCCAGCCCUCCAUCCCACCACAGCCGACGUGGUGCUUACUAAGUUCCCUGACGUCAAGGAGCACGUUAUCAAAACCAUCCUGUCUUCUGCCAAGGACGAACCCUCCGCUCCUGCUCGGUGUGUGGCUCUGUGUAGUCUGGGUAUCUGGCUGUGCGAGGAGUUGGCUCACGGGACUCAACAUCCACAGAUUAAAGAUGCUCUCAACGUCAUCUGCGUUACCCUGAAGUAUCCCAAUAAGAACGUAGCACUGGUGGCGUCGGACAUCCUUCACCUGCUGAUCAGUCACGUGGAUCAUCUUCAGAAAUUCCCCCCUGACACUCCAAAGAAGAUCGUAGAGAUUUUGAUCGCCACCAUCACAUACUUGCUGCCUGCUACCGAGUCCUCUCCUCAUGAACUGGAUAAGAGGCUGGUAGUGUCCCUCCUGUUGUGUCUGUUGGACUGGGUGAUGGCUCUGCCUCCAAAGACUCUUCUUCAACCCGUUCAAACGCGAAGCCCCCCAGAGAAGGAUCAGCCCACCAAGACUCUGCUCAGCUGUAUUUAUAAGGUGUUGCAUGGCUGCGUGUACGGAGCCCAGUCUUUCAACAGUCCCAAGUAUUACCCGCUGCAGCUGUCAGACCUGCUGAGCUCAGACUACGACCCGUUCCUACCGUUAGAGAACCUCCGAGAACCAGAACCCCUUCACAGCCCCGACUCCGAACGCUCCAGCAAACUACAGCCUGUCACUGAAGUUCGCAGCCGCAUUCAGCAGGGCUUGGUUUCCAUCGCAGCCAGAACAGUUAUCACGCAUUUGGUCAACCAUCUAGGACAUUAUCCAAUGUCUGGAGGGCCUGCUACUCUGUCUAGUCAGGUGUGUGAAAACCAAGACAACCCAUUCUGUGAGAGUGCAGAUCUGGGACCGGAGCUUUUCCAUUCACCAAACCUACAGUUUCUGGUUCUGAACGGCUCCACUCUGCUCUCAGUGUAUCAGAUCCGAUCAGAGUCUGGUGUACCAGGAGGCGGAAUGACAGCCGGUUUGUCCUCUGCUCCCGCUUGCGUCCGUGUCAUCAUCCGAGACGUGGCCGGAAAACACUCCUGGGACUCUGCCGUUCUCUACGGGCCGCCACCAUCUUCCCCGUGCAGCCCAACACACACAUUUCUGUCACACACACAAUCACCUCACAGCGCGAGCCUUCAUUUACGUACCCCACCAGGAGGUCCGCCGAAAAAGAUGGUAGCGAAGAGAGAAGGCAGCGAAGAAGAGGUGCAGGAGGAGAGGGAGGCGGAGGAGGGAGGAAAAGAGAUGGAGGGUGAAAGGCAAGGGUUUCAGGCUGAGGAGGAGGAGGAGGAGGAAGGAGAGGAGAGGAAAGUCAGCGAGGAGGAGAAGGGAGAUCAAAGAGGAGGUGAAGUAGAUGAGGAAGAGGCGGAGCAGCAGCAGCAGGAGGAGGAGAAGAACGAGCAUGGGAUGGAUGAGGAGGCGGAUCGAGGGGAGUCGGGCCUGGAGCAGCUUCUAGCUCCGCCAUUGGCUAAACGUGUGUGUCGGGAGGCCGUGCCAGCGUGGGACUCACUGACGGAGGGGGAUGAUGCACUGGAUGAAAUGCUGCAGUACCUGGGGUACUCGAGUCCUGAGUGCCUACAGAGAGCAGGCAUGCCACUCAACAUCCCAGCCCCUCCUCCGGCGUGUGUUUCAGAAAAGCAGGAAAACGAUGUGAUUAACGCCAUCCUGAAGCAGAGCGCUGCUGAAAGAGAGUUCGUCCUUCAUCGAGGCGAGGAGUUGAACAUGAGGGCAGUACAGCAGACUGAACCAGAGACUCAGACACCACAGUCAGCCUUCUACUACUGCAGACUACUGAUCAAUAUAUUGGGACUCAAUUCCUGGGAGAAGAGGAGCAACUUUCAUUUGUUGAGGAAGAAUGAGAAGUUACUGAGGGAGCUGAAGAACCUGGACUCACGGCAGUGCCGUGAGACUCAUAAAAUAGCAGUAUUUUAUGUGGCUGAGGGCCAAGAGGACAAACACUCCAUACUCACCAACACCGCAGGCAGCCAAGCGUAUGAAGACUUUGUCUCUGGACUGGGCUGGGAGGUCGACCUCACUACUCACUGUGGCUUCAUGGGAGGUCUCCAGAGAAAUCGCAGCACAGGCCAGACUACGCCUUACUAUGCCACCUCCACCACUGAGGUCAUCUACCACGUUUCCACCCGCAUGCCACACGAUCAGGACCACAACCUCACCAAGAAGCUUAGACACCUGGGUAAUGACGAGGUCCACAUUGUUUGGUCGGAGCAUUCCAGAGACUACCGUCGAGGGAUCAUCCCCACUGAGUUUGGAGACGUGCUAAUCGUAAUCUACCCCAUGAAGAACCACAUGUACUCCAUCCACAUACUCAAGAAACCUGAGGUGCCAUUCUUUGGUCCGCUGUUUGACGGUGCCAUAGUGGACAUGAAGAUUUUGCCCACCAUGGUCAGAGCCACAGCUAUCAACGCCAGUCGAGCUCUCAAAUCCCUGAUCCCCCUAUACCAGAACUUCUAUGAGGAGCGAGCUCGAUACCUAGAAACUAUCGUGCAGCACCACCAGGAGCCGACCACGUUUGAGGAUUACGCAGCUCGAGUCUACAGCCCUGCUCCCUGCACUCACCUGCCGUCUGACACAGGCUCCUGCCUAGAGAUUCUUCGGGGAGAAAGUCCGGCUCUUGGGGAGGCCGGGAGCGACUCGGCGUCCCCCAUGUCUCCUCGGACUAGCAAGAGCCGCAUGUCCAUGAAGCUGCGACGCUCCUCUGGAUCAGCCAAUAAGACUUAAGCUCUCUAUUUACACCGUGGCCUACUUUGUGUCGCUUGACAUCCGAUCGAGCAAUCAGUCCUCAAAAGAUGAUUAUCCAGAGGAAAUUUGGUCUACAGUUGUACUUGAAAGUACAAGAAAUUAAACUUGACACACAUUAAGAUUUAAUCAUUUCCAACAGGAUAAACGAUGGGUGUUGUUCCCAGGCUCCUCGGCCGUUUAUGUACAGAACAUUUCGUCACACACACGUAAUAGUAUUCUGUGGACCUAGAUUACACUGUAACUUUAUUUUGAAAGCGCUCACAGCUGCUGAAUUUAUCCUUAGCUUUGCUGUCAAAAAAAAAAACAACGAGUUGAACUGCAGCAUGCUAAUCUUUGCCACAGUAGAACAAGUGCAGCCUAAGCAGUGCAGUAUUAGUUCAUAAUGUGCCAUGUUAGAAACCGCACAGCUGAAAUGUGCUACAUCAUACACCGAGAUCAAACUGCAGAACAAAAGCAGAGCCUCUGACGUCUCUCUGUGUUGUUGAACGUCGCUGUUGGAGAAUCUGUAUAUUUGUACUAUAGUCGGUCCAUGUGUGUACAGACAGAAACAGGAGUUUUGAUAUAAAAAAAAAAGAAUGAGUUCAGAGUGAUUGCACCGAUAGUGUCGCUUGAAGAAAGCAAGAUAAAAGUCUAUUUUUGUUCUCAGCACAGCAUUAGGCCUCUAAAGAUGAGAGGGCAGGAGUCGCUUUCUGUUCGGUCCUCAUAAUAAAUACUGUAAAUAGAAGCUCAUCUAUUUGCUAACAAAUACAACAUCAUUGUGGAUGUGGCAACGCUCUCAAGCCAAAAAAAAAGUUGAACCCCUUAGUUGAACUUACGGGACUGAAACUCCUUUGAGUGAAGCCAUGUGAGAAACAGUGUUAAAGAGAUGAAGGCGGGCUUUCUAGAAAUGUAUCGAUCAAAGAGGAAGCACUUGUUACAUGAAGUUUGUUUUGUGCUCAUGCUGUAAAAUGUGGACAAGCACUGAUGUUUAUUGCAUUUAUCCUCCUUUGUUUUGUUUUUUUGUUCAUUUUUGUUGUUUUUUUUUUUUUAAGUUGUAAAAUGUUUUGACCCAAACGAGCAAGAAUGUUGCUGUAUUUUUAAGUUCAGUGUCACUCCGUCAUCUGAUGCAACUACAGCUUUUCUCUUUGUUCCUUAUAUAUAUAUUAUAUAUUCUGUGUAUAUCUAUAUAUGUAUGAGUUUAAAAUAUAUAUAUAUAUAUAGUAGAUAUAUGAAUAUCUAUAAGAAUGUGUACAGUGUGAGGAGCCUUGUUCUGUAUAUAAUGUUAUGUGAGAAUAGCUGCCAAAGCCAAACUGUGGUUUAACCUCAGACUACAUAUCCACUUAAAAUGGGUUGACACUACAAGAUUUUAUGUAUUUUUCUUUCUUCAUAACCAGUUUGCACUUCAUUCUCCAGGACUUUAAACGUUAUUUCAUGGUAGCUCAAACACAACAUUCAGAUUGGGGGGGGAAUUAAAUGGAAACGAGGAAAAAACAUUUAAGGUCAUGUUUUUUUCUUCAUUUUUCAUCCUUUGACAUGUUGCUAAAUAAGGUCAAGGGUCUUUUAUUCAAGGCAGGUUCAUUUGUCGAUUGUUAUUGGUCAUUCAUUUUCACCAUCUGAGUGGAGGUGGAAAAACAAAAGAGGGAUACUGUAGAGCCAAAGAUGGUAGGAGAAGGAAAUGAGAUGUUAUCUUAUUAUCACUUUGAAUAUGCUUUUUUUUUUUUUACACUCCCACUCUGCUCUUAUAUUGAGACUCAUCCCCUGUUCCAGUUCUGGAUGGAGGGGAUCCGCGUGUAAUCACAAAAUUUAACUCUAAACAGUAGAUGCUUUUUCGUGUAUUUAACACUGUCAUUUGAGCACUCGGAUCAGAUCGACUCAAAUAAAACUGAAAAGGUUUCAAAUCAGCUCACAUCAUUUAAAUACUUCCAUGUCGUCUUGUUUCUCAACACAUCAUUAUUUCCUUCUUCCAUGUCCUAAUCCCAGAUAAAGCAAAGAUCUGUAUUUGAAAAUAUAGACAUGAGUUAAAGGUUUUGCUUCACUGCUUGAAGUUAAGUGUAUUUACAGCUGUAUUUUCUGUUACGGUUUCAUUUUUUAUGUUUUAUUGCAGCCAUAGUUCUUCAUAGGGGGGGACAGGGUUGUAAAACUUUUUUUUUCUCUCUCCAUUGGGGUUGACAUUGUUCCUUUAGAAAUUUGUUAAUGUCAAAUUCAUGUUUUGUGUGUGAAUAUUUGAAGUCAGCUGAGAUUUGUCCCUCUAAAUUAUUGCUGUCAUCGUUGCUCAGGUUGAAGCACCAUUGGAUUGGUUGAGGCACGUGAUGUAGAAAGCCCCACUGCACUCUGGGACUGAUGUGUACAUGCUGUAUAUAGACCACAGCUCACCUGCCAGUCACCGCCUGCCUCCAUUAGCUUGGUUACGACCUGUAAACACAACCUGAACUCCAUCGACACCGCAUAGCAACGCCCUGUUUACGAAACCAGUGACGCCACAUGAUUACUGCAGACAUGAUGCUGCUUUUAGAUCCUGUAGUCAAGAUGGGAAACACUUAUUGUUUUACAGAUUUAAAAUACUCCUGAGGGUUUCAGUGACCUAUAACUCUAACAUAAAUACACACUUGUUUAGUUUAGGAACUGAUAAGGAGCAACUAAAAUGUAAAGUUACCUUACAUAAGCAUUAUAGAAGAUUCAUAUCAACUACCCUAAGGACUAACUACCUGAAAGGAUAGUCUUGACCCCAUCUUGGUUUAAACACGGUGUUUAUCUUCAGCCAUAUUAACCGCAGAAACGUCCCUCCGUGAAUUAGAAAAGAAAUUUGGACUCCCUCUGCCUGUUGAUGGACGCCCUGAACAUGCAGGCUGUGAUGGAUACGGGUUCAGCUGUUGUCCAGACAAAGCUGAUGUAUGUAACUACUGACUGUACAUACUGCAUGACACCAGUUCAGUACUAACUGCAUGUGUUGAUCAUGUAACAGCUGUAUCACAACACACACAAACACACACACACUCACUCCUCAAACGAUGUUACUGUCAGACGUGUAGUAUGUAAACAUGUAAUGUCUCUUUUGGACACACUGAGCGAUUGAUGGACAAUAAAUGAUUUCAUGCCACUGA